UCUAAUAAGCACUUUAGACCACACUCACCACCUCCUAAGUAGAGGGACCACCGGGGUCUGAGAACUUCUAAAGAAAAUCCACUAACCUAUAGGAGAGGAAUCUGUUCAACACGCACUAUACUGUCAGAAGUCUCGCUUCGGAUUCACGGUAAAGAUGUCAGACUCGGUCCAGGAAGAGGAACUACCAGCAACACACACAGGUCCCAAAGGAGUGAUCCACGACUGGAGGAAAUUUAAGCUAGAAAGUGAGGACCUUGAGAGCACGCCACAGAAGCGGAGAGAGCUCCUCAGACAGAUGUCCAACCCCAAGGCUAACAACGAUGAAAACCAUGAGAGAAUUAACCGCAAGAUGAGCGUUCAGGAGUAUGAGAUGAUCCAGGAGGAGGACGAGCGAUGUCUGAGGAAAUACCGCAGGCAGUGCAUGCAGGAAAUGCAUGAGCGCUUGAGCUUCGGGCCCAAGUUUGACAGUGUCUAUGAGCUGGAAAGCAGUGAGGCCUUCCUCAAGGCCAUCGAGAAGGAGCACCGGCUCACGCUGAUCAUCGUACACAUCUAUGACGAUGCUAUCAAAGGAUGUGAAGCUCUCAACAACUGCCUGAGCAGCCUAGCGGUUGAGUACUCCAGCGUGAAGUUUUGUCGAAUCCGGGCAUCUGCCACGGGUGCGGGAGAAAGAUUCUCUGAUGAUGUCCUACCCACUGUGCUGGUGUAUAAAGGUGGAGAAAUGCUGGGAAACUUCAUAUGUGUUACCAAGCAGCUGAGUGAGGAGUUCUUCGCUAUUGAUGUGGAGAACUUCCUAAAUGAAUAUGGCUUGUUGCCAGAGAAGGAAUUUGCUGCCGGCCCUGAUGAUGAUGAAGAACUUGGGGUGGAAUAAUCUAGAAAGAUCAUACUAGUGGAGAAGAUCCAUAGUAGAAGAUCCAUGGCAAAUGUUUGGGACCAAGCAUACAGACAGGCAAUAAUUUUGUCAUGUAUAGAGGAUCAUUAACUCACAUGCUCUAAUCAGAUAUACACAUCCCACUGCAAUUACUAUGCAUUAUUAGGAUUAUUGCAUGUGGAAUAAAGUGGUAUUGAAACACACAUAUUAACCAAAGCAUGAUGAUGUUUCUUAUCAAUAACUGACCAAAGACACCAAGAAUCUCCUAGCACAUUUACACAGAGUAAAUAAAUAAAAAUGAGUGAAACCUAAAAUUGUAUCAUCAAAUGAUGAUUUUACCUUUUACGUUGGUCAGAUAAAAGAUAGACAGUCAUGGGUAACUCUCAACUCAACACUGAAAUUUAUGAAGGUCUUUGCUUAAUCGGUGACAGUUACCUUUUAAUGCUUAACCAUUAGUGAUUAACCUGGUCUAAAUAAGAAGCAUCAGUUUGAAGUGGUUAUGUUUUGGUCCGUAGUGGCACUUCAUGUUACCACUUUUGAUUUUGCCAUGGAAAUGGUCUGUUGUCAUUGUCAACAUUUCUUUCUUUUUUUGAACAAGCCAUGUGGUCAGUUCACUAAUCAGACCAGAAAAGGUAAAUAAACUAAACUAAACUAUGAAACUCUGUGAAAACAUCUCUUUCUAACCUGUCUGUGUGUUUCUGAUGUCUCUAGCCCUGUAGUUAAUCUCUGGUUUGAUGAGCUGCUUUCAGCUAAAACAUAUUUUGACUCCAGCUAGAGGACGAUUCUGUGACACUUGAAUUUGACUAAUCAGUGAUCUACACUAUUUCUAGCUCCACCCACAUGUUCUGGCUUGACUUAUGUGGUAGCUGUGUAAAAGGGCUAACUUCAGUGCAGGUAAGUAGGUAAUUACUGAGGUAAUGAAAUUACUGAUGAAAAUGUUAAAAUACUACAGGUUACGAAACAAGCUUUGGCCGGAAAAUGAAUAGAUGUCACUAUUCCUGUAAGUAGUAAGUAAAAGCAACAGAUUACACAUAUCCCCAGUAAGUAGUACGUAAAAACAAAGAAUUACACACAUUACUGUAUAUAUGACUAACAGGAAAAUUAUAUAUAAUUAAGAUUCUAUAAAUAUCUAUAUAACUACAAAUGUGUUAUGAGUUAAAAUGACCCAAUUUAUUUUAAAAACAUGGAAACACUUGUAAAAAUAAAACUGUGUAAAGAGAUAGUGUUCUACGAUGUGAAAUAAACAUGC